GUUCAGUAGGCUCCAUUACAGCAAGAUCCUGGGGAGAGAAACUCCUAUCUUUCUCAGCCCUGGUCUACACUACAGGGUUAAGUCGAAUUUAGCCGCAUUAGGUCGAUUUUAUAAUGAAUGCAUCUACACAAGCAACCCCGUUCCAUCGACCUAAAGGGCUCUUAAAAUUGAUUUCUGUACUCCUCCCUGGUGAGGGGAGUAGCGCUAAAAUUGACCUUGCUGGGUUGAAUUUGGGGUAGUGCAGACGCAAUUUGAUGUUAUUGACCUCCAGAAGCUAUCCCAGAGUGCUCCAAUGUGAGUGUUCUGAACAGCACUUUCAUCUCCGAUGCACUAGCCAGGUACACAGGAAAAGCCCUGGGAACAUUUGAAUUUCAUUUCCUGUUUGGUCAGCGUGGCGAGCUCAGCAGCACAGGUGACCAUGCAGUCCACCCAGAAUUGCAAAAGAUCUCCAGCAUGGAGCGAACGGGAGACACUGGAUCUGAUGGCUGUAUGGGGAGAAGAAUCUGUGCAAGCAGAACUCUGACCAAAAAGAAGAAAUGCUAAUAUAUAUGCCAAAAUUGCACAGGGCAUUAUGGACAGAGGUUACAACAGGGACACAUAGCAGUGCCGCGUGAAAGUCAAGGAGCUCAGGCAAGCCUACCAAAAGACAAAGGAGGCAAACAGUUGCUCUGGGUCAGAGCCCCACACAUGCUGCUUCUGUGAUCAGCUGCAUCGCAUUCAAGGGGAGGACCCUACCACUACCGCACCACUGUCCAUGGAUACCUGCAAGGGGAGAGUCUCACGCAACUGGGAGGAGGAUUUUGUGGAUGAGGAAGAGGAGGAGGAGGAGAAUGCGCAGCAGGCAAGUGGUGAAUCCGUGCUCCCCAGCAGUCAGGAUCUCUUCAUCACCCUGGAGCCAAUACCCUCCCAAGGUGGGAUCCCCGACCCUGAAGGCGGAGAAGGCACCUCUGGUGCAAAUGUUUCUAUCCUCCCUCUAUCAUCUCUGUCCCUGAGGUUAUCGCAGAUUAGAAGGCGAAAAAAAUGCACUCGUGAUGACAUGUUUUCUGAGUUCAUGCAGUCCUCCUGCACUGAUAGGGCACAGCUGAAUGCAUGGAGGCAUUCAGUGGUAGAGUCCAGGAAAGCAUUACAUGAGCGCGAUGAGAAGAGGCACGGGGGAACAAAAGGACAUGCUCAGGCAUCUGGUGGAGCUGCAGGAAAGCCAACAAGAGCACAGACCGCUGCUGCAUCCAGUGUACAACCGCCUGCCCUCCUCCCCAAGUUCCAUAUCCUCCUCACGCAGAUGCCCAAGAACGCGGGGAGCGAGGCUCCGGGCACCCAGCCACUCCACUCCAGAGGAUGGCCCAAGCAACAGAAGGCUAUCAUUCAAACAGUUUGAUUUGUAGUGUGGCUACAAUACACAAUGUGCCUUUGUCCUUCCCUCCUCCCACCCUACCCCACUCGGGCUACC